AUAAAAUGUAUCACCGCAUUCCUCCGCCGUCGGCGACACUAAGUCACUAAACCCUCAUUCUCCGAUCAAACCCUAACCCAAAACAACCAUCAAUCUUUCUUCAUCACAUUUGAAUGGCACCACCAACACUUCCACGCCGCUCACCUUUCCCCCUCAAAACCCUCACACAUACACCCCCCCUAAUCUCACACCUCCCUUCUCCCCCUUCUCUCCCAGACGCAUUCUUAAUCGACAAACUUCUCUUCCGCUUAAAACAAGGCGAUUUCUCUUCCGUCCGUAAUUACCUUCUCCGUUCAAACUCAUCAACCCUAAUCCCUCAACUUCUCCAUAAAUGUCACCAAUUUCCUCUGUUACUUCCCAAUCUCAUCCAAACCGUUGCUUCCACAUCACCAAAUCCAACGGUCACCGCUUCUAUGGUCCACUUUCUAGUCCAAGCCAAGAACCUUGCAGAAGCUCAAUCUCUUCUCCUCAGAAUCAUCAGAAAAAGCGGCGUUUCGCGCGCUGAGGUAAUUGAUUCUCUUGUUAAUCACAAUUCUAACUUGAAUGUAGUUGUUUUUGAUCUUUUGAUAAGAACCUAUGUUCAGGCUAGGAAAUUAAGGGAAGGUUCUGAGGCAUUUAGAAUUUUGAGGGAACGAGGUUUUUGUGCUUCGAUUAACGCUUGUAAUGCUCUUUUAGGUGGAAUUGUGAAGGUUGGGUGGGUUGAUUUGGCGUGGAAGAUUUAUGAGGAUUUUGUUAGGAGUGGGAAUAGUGUGAAUGUUUAUACUUUGAAUAUUAUGGUUAAUGCUUUGUGUAAAGAUGGGAAAUUGGAUCGUGUUGGGGUUUUCAUGUCUGGGAUGGAGGAGAAAGGGAUUUAUCCUGAUAUUGUGACUUAUAAUACUUUGAUUAAUGCUUAUUGUCGUCGGGGACUUGUUUCGGAAGCUUUUCAGUUGAUGGAUUCUAUGGCUGGUAAAGGGUUGAAGCCUGGGAUUUUUACUUAUAAUGCUUUGAUUAAUGGUUUGUGUAAGGAGGGAAGUUAUGAGAGAGCAAAAUGUGUUUUAGAUGAGAUGUUGGGGAUUGGAUUGUGUCCUGAUGCCGCAACUUUUAAUCCGUUGUUGGUUGAGAGUUGUAGGAAGGAGGAUGUUUGUGAGGCCGAGAAGGUUUUUAAUGAAAUGUUGGGGUGUGGAGUUGUUCCUGAUUUGAUUAGCUUUAGCUCGAUUGUUGGGGUGUUUUCAAGGAAUGGUGACCUUGGUCGGGCGUUGGAGUAUUUUGAGAAGAUGAAAGGUGUUGGGUUGGUUCCUGAUACUGUUAUUUAUACGAUUCUUAUCAAUGGGUAUUGUAAGAAUGGUGAUGUGACUGGGGCAUUGAAAAUGCGGAAUGAGAUGGUGGAGCGGAGUUGCGUUAUGGAUGUGGUCACGUACAAUACUCUGUUGAAUGGAUUGUGCAGGAGGAAAAUGCUUGUCGAUGCUGAUGAACUGUUUAAGGAGAUGGUGGAAAGGGGAGUUUUUCCUGAUUUCUACACUCUAACCACUCUCAUUCAUGGCUAUUGCAAGGAUGGAAACAUGACUAAAGCACUUAGUUUGUUUGAGACUAUGACUCUGAGGAGCCUUAAGCCUGAUGUUGUGACGUAUAAUACCUUGAUGGACGGCUUCUGCAAAAUAGGUGAAAUGGAGAAAGCUAAGGAGUUGUGGUGUGAUAUGAUAAGCCGGGAAAUAUUUCCCAACUUUAUAUCGUUUAGCAUUUUGAUUAAUGGAUUUUGUAGCUUAGGUCUUGUGUCUGAAGCAUUCAGGUUGUGGGAUGAAAUGAAAGAGAAAGGUAUUAAGCCCACCCUUGUUACUUGCAACACUAUAAUAAAAGGCUAUUUGCGGGCCGGCAAUGUGUCGAAGGCAAAUGAUUUCUUGAACAAGAUGGUUUUGGAAGGAGUUCGUCCUGAUUGUGUCACAUAUAAUACUCUUAUAAAUGGUUUUCUAAAGGAAGAGAACUUUGAUAGAGCUUUUUACUUGAUUAGUAAUAUGGAAGAACAAGGGCUUCUGCCUGAUCUCAUCACAUACAAUGCAAUCCUUAGUGGAUUUUGUAGGCAAGGCAGAAUGCAAGAGGCUGAGAUGCUAUCGCGUAAGAUGAUUGAUAAAGGUAUCAAUCCUGAUAGAUCAACUUACACAUUACUAAUAAAUGGGUAUGUCUCGAACGACAACCUAAAAGAGGCAUUCCGUGUCCAUGAUGAAAUGCUGCAAAGGGGAUUUGUGCCAGAUGACAAAUUCUAGGAAUUUUACCGUUGUAGCUGCCAGAACAUUACAGCCCUUUGUUCUUAAUGCUAGAUACGGAGGUUAUGUGGAUCGAAAAAUUGCACAACCCUGGUGCAUGGCAUUUCUGCCCUAACAUGUCAGUUGAGCCUUAGUUGGUAACAUAGAAAAAAUAGACAGGCCAUCCUUGUCUCUAAGUAUCUAAGGCUCUAAGCAUAUGGUUAACCGGAGGGAGACUGCACCUUCUUUCAUGAAUUUCAGACAAAUAGUUUUGUAAGUAUUUUUACCAGGAGUUUUGAUUACUAAACAUGGAGACAAUAUAAUUUGGUAAACACAACUGGGGGCUGGGACUGCUGAUUAAAGAACUAAAUUGCUUUAGUUAUAUUCAUUCUCUUAUGAAUUAACAGCAAAUUGAUUUGGCAUUUCACAUUGGUUCAUAGUUUCUAUUUUGUUGAAGUGGAAACCUUGAAGUUAUUGCAAUUAUGAAGCAUAGCAAGAGAGUUAAAGUAUUUCCCCUUGUUCUUGUUCUUGGGAAUGAUUCUCCAUCACUACCUAAUAUCUGGUUCAGGUUCAUUUUAGCUGCAGCUAUCCCUAGUUCUGUGCCAAUGAAAUUGAAAGUUUAUUUAGUAGUUAUAUGCAGAAAAUGAAAGGAUUUGGCAGUGGCAUGAAACACAUGCUGCCCUUUUCAUAGUUUAAAAAGCAAGCAACAAAUCUUUUUCUAAGGUGAUUCAUAUGGGGCUGCUUUCCCAAUUUUGAACUCCUGAAAAUCCGACGUUUUUUCAAGUCAAUUUGUUGGUAUGUAUCUCACUAGUUAAGAGGGAUGUAAGUUUUGUAGCUCAUACAUUGACUCAAGCUUCCUCUAAUUAUUCUUCAUUACUUAUUCCCUGCUUAGAAUUGUGUGCAUGUAUGCUGUGCAGGUUUUAGUUCCUUUAUGUGCACACACACAUGUCAGUUUGCUGAUUACAAGAGUGAUGUGAAGUUGUGUGAUCAAUGGUUGAACAAUCUGCAGAUUAUUUCGUGUAUCAGAACAGUAAAUCCUUCUGAAGCAAGCUUGAAGGACUUGCGGUGCAUCAUAUUUUUCAAUGUUUUAACUUUCUUUCUAAGUAGUUAUUGAAAACCAGGCCUGUGAUAUGAGGUCGACUCCAGUGGUUAUUGUGUCAAAAUACACACAUCUCAUAUGAAAGCAACAACUUGUAAUAUGGAGAUAUGGCAUGGAAGCCUACAUAACCAAAACACUGAAAAGUUAUGCUACAUUCAUGGGUGGCAAAGUUGGGAUUUAGAUUUUGAAUGAUCCCAUCAAUGGCUUUUUUUAAGCAGCCCAUUAAUGCUUUGUCAUGUGGAUUUCUGUAAAUUGUAUUUUUUUUCUAUUGAUAUCAAUAUUUAAAUCUUAUGAUGCCAUAAUGAUUUUA